AUGCUCGGAAGGUUGAUUUUCGGUCUGCUCGCGCUCGCCGCCGGCAUCGGCGCUGGGCUUGCCGCCUACUUCUCAAACCAUCCCGACGAGCCUUCACCUCCGCCACCGCCUCCUCACCCGUCGCCAUCGCCGCCGCCCUUCCUGAGCCCGCCACUCCCCCUCGACUCGUCGCCGUCGCCGCCGCCGUCGCCGUUGCCAUCCCCGGCCCCUUCCCCUUCGCUGACUCCGCCGCCUCCGUCGCCAGCAUCGGCACCGGCACCUCUCAACUCGCCGCCGCCGCCCGUUCUGAGCCCGCCGCCACUGCCCACUGAGCGCUCGCCGCCACCAUCGGUGGCCCCCGAGCCGCCGACGGCUGCAAAGCGCGAUCCGGAGGUGACGGCUGCAAAGCGCGAUCCGGAGGUAAACGAGCAGUCGGUGGCAGUGGAGAGUGAGCCAGCGGACGGCUUGGCUCUCGUGGUGACGUCCGAUGUCGGUGGCGCCGAUGGAGAGGCCGAGUCGAAGAAAGAGGUGUGGCUUGGCAUCGGGCUGGGCCUCGCCGCCCUCCUCCUCCUCGGAGGUGCCUCCCUCAAGUGCUGCGCCCACAAGUGCUGCGGCCUCGCCGUGCGAAAGCGCACCUCCCCAGGAGGGACGGAGCAGCGCUCCGCCUGCUUCCCGCGCCUCGCAAACGCCCUCGCGGCAAACGUCGCGCCCGCAGACGCCGCACACGCUCGCGCACGCUCAGUGGACGGCGUGCCGGCUGCGCCGCCACCCGCCUACGCCGCCGCCUACGCCUCUUCGUACACGAGCCAUGUACAGGUGCUGGACAAGGAGGAGGCGGACCGGGCGGAGGCCGGGAAGGACGGCGCCCUGCCCAAGGAGGCCCUCGAGGUCAAGGAGGCGCUCGAGGUCAAGAAGCCGGUGGAGGCGGUGUGCUAGUGUCUUGCAGGAUGCCGAUGGCAGCCCACGUGGCGGAAUGGGGCCUCUAGACCCGUAUUUACCGCAGACCGCAGACCGGCUGGGGCCGUCAACGUUGGGCUCGCCCGCUGACGGUUGGAGCUUCGGUGCGAGCAUCCCCCGCCAUUUUGCGACGACGCUCGCGACUCUUCCUUGGGCUGUCUCGCGGCCGCCGUCCGGCCCGAACAACCCUCGCACAUGCCUCGCCGGAGCGCCCGGGACGCAUGAGGCCCUUGCGCUUUGUUUUUCUUCUUGCAUAUAAAAACCCACGACAAUAAAAGUCAAAA